AUGGUCAACAAGCCCAUGCAGUGCGCGAGCAAGGCCGCCGAGAGCGCGUCCACACGUCUCUGUGCGGACGCCGAAGCAGAAACCACAGCAGCUAAUGUCUCAUCGGUUGCUGAAGCGACUCAGCCUGUGUCACCUGGUGAUGCAGGCGAUCUUCAUGAAGACACUCAUGUCUUCACAGAGUACGAGCUCGGUGUCUCAUACUCUCCUGAUACGGAAGACGGAUCUGUAUCGAAAACGGUUGAAAACAAGCCGCCUGCCAAGCAUGGCAUGGAUGAUGCUAUGCGUCGUAGCAUCUUUGGUUCAUCUGACGAAUCUGAUGAACCAUCGCCAAAGCGAAGGCGCUCGAGGUCGCGAGACUCGGGCGCUCACAGUGGUGUCGGUUCUCCUAUUGACACCACUUCGCAGCGAGGUGCCAGUAUUUCUGUCGGCACGUCGCAAAAAGAGCGGGACCGCAGUGUGUUGCGUCUCGCUCCCGGGAAGAAGGCAUGGAUGCCUCCCAAAUCUGUCAUGGAUCACUUGUCGGCGACGACAAGUGAUCGCUAUCGAACACGAUUGUUCGAUUCGUCAAGGAUCCAUCACCUUGACCCCAGUGCGAAAAACUAUCGCACUGAACAUGAGUUCUUCAUCGAUGCUUUCUUUAAACAUCGAUGGUACAGUAGGAAUCACAAACGUGAUGGUCCCUCGCUGCUUCAAGCGUGGAACGCUUACAUCCAUAACCUUGAGGAUGUAGGUCGUGACGUUUGGAACGACAAACCUAUCAGAGAUCGUGAUAAGUUUAAGAAGAGAACCCCGACAGGUGCACGCUAUAAGCUGCAUCGUCUGUCUAAGGAGGCCCGUGAUGGCGCGACGGGGGAUAACCGCGCCACCGGACGAGGUAACUCGUCCGACGUCCAUUCACAUCGCGGUGGUUCAACAGCCUCUCGACCAGAUAGCGCUGGCCACCGCGAGAGUCCUCCAAAGGAGGUGGAGGAGGAGGGAAAACACUCUCCAAACUAUCUUGGGGGAGCGUGUGUUCCUGAGAGCUUCUUUGAUCGCGUAACGCAAGGGUUACGCGACGAUCUCGAGCAUGAGCGGAAUAGGCGUCUCCAAAUGGUGGACACUGUCUUGAAGCAUCGAGCUGAGUUUGCCUUUGCUCAGCUUGAGAACGAGAGAGCUCUUACAUCUAUUCGUGAAGAGCUAAGGGUAGCUCGUGGGGAUGUUGAGUGGUCUCGGGCUGAGAUAACUGCGCUUCAGACCCUUGUCGAUAUCCACCAUCGGGAGCACAAGGCCCUCUGUGAGAUGCUUGCGCGCAAGGGCGUUCUUCAUCGGAAGAAGCAGCGUACUGAUGGUACGGCUUAA